AUGUCUUUUUUGCAGCUUCGUUGCACCAUUUGCUUCUUUCACUUUUCUGUCCAGCGUGACGCCACCAAGCCCCUAAAUUACACCCAUGAAUAUCAGAUCGUGAACCUAGAGUUAAAGGAUUUCAGCUUUCACCAGUUCGGUGAAUGCACCGGUGUCGACAACGGCAACGAGAUUGCAAUCUUUGGCAAUUUUAAGGCCACGCUACCCGAGAAGAUAUUCCCCUCCACGCCCUCCGUCGAUGGGCAAUUUGAGAACUUUGUGAUGAAGUUGGACUUCAAUGCCAAGCAUGUGCCUGAUAAGAUCUCUGUCGGGGACGCUUCCCAGCCCGAAGGCAUCCAACAGGCGCUGAUCUUUGGUAGCAUUUUCAUGAGAGACUCUACGGGAUGGUACGGUCACCUUUCGAUGAAUGAAGUACAUUAA